CUGGCUCCAUCGUCACUGUCAUCGGGGUAUUCGUCUUUCGAAACUCUGGAGCCCCUGGACCUUAUUCAAGGUGGUCAGUCGUUCGUGGUCGUCCACAACUUCGACCCGAAUCUGCAUCUUCAGCCUCAGGCGCGUAACCUUCGGCCUUGGCUGAAGGUCGCUGCUGGCGAGGUGGGCUACCACUACAAGCUCGAUGGCGGCAAAGUCUGCAUGGUGAAAAUUCAUCGCGGCACGGAGGUUCUUCCAGGCAAGUGCAGUGCCUUGCCCAAAAGCUACCUCAAGUUUGGGGCACUUUGCCGCCCUGGCACGGAUUGGGAGACCAAGUUCGACGACGACGAGCUGGAGUCUUCCCAGAGCGGUGAUGCUGGCUCCUCCCCUCCUCAAGAAGAGCUGCGCCAAACCAUCCAGAGCCUCUGGAAGACCGCCUUGGAGAACAAGAAAGGCGUCGUCGAGGACACCGGCACGGGACCACAAGCAGAGGGGCAGUUCCCUGGACAGGAAGUUAAACUUCACGCCGAUGGUACCUGGAGAAGCGACCUUUGGUUGAUGUGGUACGAUUACAGGAAGGACAAGUUCAUUUACCAUGCUCGUCGAGCACUCCGGCCUUCGGGCAAUGGUAUUUUGCUCGUCAGCAACAACGACACCAGCAGAGUCGAGAUCCAGAUGACAGUCAACGAGCUCACGGUCCCCGAGUCACCCGAGCUGAUCAACGUCGUCAUUGAGGUCAACCGCAACAAGAAGACUGGCGAGUACGCACCUCAUCCUGCGGCUUACUACAGUCUGCCCACGGUUUUGCGCAACAAGGAGUACCAGAAGCUGAACUCCCUCGCCAUCAAGAUCGAUCGCCGCAACAAACAGACCGGCAAAUGGGAUUCUGCCUACUUACAGCGCGCCAAGCUUUGGACGCAGGAUUCCGAAGCCCAUCUGGACAUGGUCAAGCAAGGCAUGGUCCUGUUCAACAACCUCGAGCAAGCCGUCUACAGCAAUGGCCCCGAUUGGCUGCCCAAACUAGACGGUACCAGAGUUAUGGAAGUUGAGAGUGUGCACCUUUUCCAGGAGUACCGCGUUCGUCGAUUGCCCACUGUCGUUAGCACUUGGCCUCAAGACUUCACGGUGGACGAGUGCAGUCAAUAG